CGCUUGGGAUGAGGAAGAAUUCGUGUACUGCUGAGUGUCGUUCAAAACCGACGGAAAGAAGAGCGUUUUUCCCCGAAGUUCCGGCUCUUUAACGGCCUCUUACGUCAUCAACUGGCGCUGAAGAGAUGCCGAAGCUCCAGGUGCUGCCGGAAAAUGAACCCGUCUGAGUUAACCGGGAUUCCGGCAGCACGGAGGCCUAUGGCGCAAGAAUUUAGUUUCGGAGAGCUGGGAAGGAAGAAUGUUUAAUAGCUAGUUUAUGGAUGCAGUAAAACAUUCCCCCGCGGGGCUGCGGUCUCGAGUGAUGGUUUGCAGGAAAAAAAAUAAUUGCAUGAAGGUCCUUCCUUACCUAUAGUUUGAAUUAUUCCCAGUAUUGGCUUUUAAGAUGAGUAACAGCUCUUCCUCAAGACUGGAAGACAGAGUUCGGCAAACUCUGACAAAAGUUUUUGGAUUUAACUCUUUCAAGACUUCAUUGCAAGGAAGUGCAACUAUAACUGUGGUGAAAGGGGAAAAGGAUGUCUUUAUAUGCAUGCCGACGGGGGCAGGGAAAUCCCUGUGUUAUCAACUUCCAGCAGUUUUGGCAACAGGCAUCACCAUAGUGAUUUCACCCUUAAUUUCACUUAUUCAGGACCAAGUGGAUCAUUUGCUCUCUCUCAAAGUCAGAGUAAGCUCUUUUAAUUCUAAGAUGUCUGCUCAGGAGAGAAAAGCCAUCCUUGCUGACUUGACAAGUGACCAUCCUAAGAUAAAGCUGCUGUACAUCACUCCAGAGAUGGCGGCUUCUGCUUCCUUUCGGCCCACCUUGGAGCGUCUAAUGUCUCAAAAUCUCAUCUCUUAUCUGAUCGUUGAUGAGGCUCACUGUGUUUCCCAGUGGGGGCAUGACUUCCGACCUGACUAUCUGCAUCUUGGCUCCUUGCGUUGUCGCAUACCCAACACACCAUGUGUAGCCCUGACGGCCACAGCUACUAAGCGAGUUCAGGAAGAUAUUAUAGCCUUGCUGAAGCUAAAGCAGCCUGUUGCUACCUUCAGGACACCUUGUUUCAGGCCCAAUCUAUUCUAUGAUGUGCAGUAUAAAGACCUUUUAGCAGAUCCCUAUGAAAAUCUGAAGGAUUUCUGUCUCAAGUCCCUUGGACAGCAAAAUGAAUUAGGGGGGUAUCCUGGCUGUGGAAUUAUCUACUGCAGGAUGAGAGAUGCUUGUGAGCGAGUGGCUGUUGAACUAAGCAAUAGAGGAGUAAAAGCCAAGGCAUAUCAUGCAGGGCUGAAGGUAGUAGAGCGAACCUCAAUUCAAAAUGAAUGGAUGGAGGAAAAAUUUCCAGUUAUUGUUGCUACUAUCAGUUUCGGAAUGGGAGUUGACAAAGCCAAUGUCAGAUUUGUUGCACACUGGAAUAUUUCAAAAUCAAUGGCUGGAUAUUACCAAGAAUCAGGAAGGGCAGGGAGAGAUGGGAAUACAUCCAGCUGUCGUCUUUAUUACUCUCAAACUGACAGAGAGCAAAUCUGCUUUCUUAUCAAGAAAGAAAUUACUACACUUCAGGAGAAACGAGGUGCCUUGAAGGAGUCUGAUAAAACUGUGAUGAAAGACUUUGAGGCUAUGAUCGCCUUCUCUGAAAAUCUUGGUUGUCGUCACGCUGCCAUAGCCAGCUACUUUGGAGAUGGCAUUCCCCAAUGCAACAGAAGCUGUGAUUACUGUAAGAAUCCAGCAGCAGUGAAGAAGCAAGUAGAAGCAUUACAGCACAGUACCACGAGCUGGAGUAGAACCUACAUUGGACCUUCUGCUUCAUCUUGGAAUGCCUGUGACCUUGAUCUAUAUGAAGGAGGAAAGCGAGGCUAUGGUAGCUUUGAAAGACAUGAUGAAGAUACCAGGAGUGUGGGUGAAGUUAAUGAGGACAGUCAGAAAAAGGAAUGGAACAUUUUCUACAAGAAGCAGAUGAAGUUGCGCAAGGGCAAAGAACCUGAAAAUGAUAAUUUUGUUCCUCCAGAUAUUGAUUGUCCCUUGAAGGACCCAGCCAGUAGGAAAAUUGCUAGAAUUACAGUAAAGGCUCGAGAACACUGCCUUAAGAUGCUGGAGGAAGCACUGGUCAUCAACCGGCAAGCAGCACCAGUAACAGAGAGUUCAGGUCUUCUAGCAUGUGCUGUAGAAAUGGAAUAUGAGGCUUUCCGGACCAGUAAGAUGGCAAACCUAUACAAGGCAUCAGUUCUAAAGAAGGUCACAGAAAUUAACAAAGCUUCCAAAAGUGGGGAGCUGUAUGCCUUCCUGGACUUGGGAAUCAGUGACAACCACAAGAUGACAGCUGAACCAACUGCUACACAUGAUGAUGUAUUCUGUCAGGCAUCCAAGGUGAAUACAUUCAAACCUAAGAGAGUGGGGAUUGGAUUUCGAAGAAUGUCUGGCAUGUUCCAGUCUGCUUCAGAAGUGCUAGCUGCCAAAGAAGGAGAUGAAGUUCAUCUUGUGAAGGAGGAAAUUGGCCCAAACUGGAAGGAAGACUGUAGCUGUGGUCCCAAGCCUUUGGAUAUGGGUGACAUUCUUGAGAAUAAGGAGGAAGCGGCCAAAAAAAUCUACAAAAAUGGUGGUGAAAUCCCUGAAAAAAGGGGACAGCAUGGCACUGCUGAGGCUGUCACCUCCUUGGUAGCUAGUCAUGAAAAGAGUAAAGCUACUAAGAAGCAGUUGCUCUUGGCAGAAGCAGCUAGGAAAGAAUCUCAGAACAUCUCCAAAUUUUUCUCAAUCCCCAAAGCAGGACGUAAAGCCAAGGCUUCAAAAAUUGACUUGGCAGAAGAGGAAAUCAUCUGUCUCAAUGAACUGCCUCAGUUUCCCUCCCAAAGAGUGUGUAAGGAGAAAGCUGAACCUCAGGAAACUGAAAUUGUCUAUAAGGAAGAAGUAACAAGUUCAUCCCAGAAAAAAGAGCAGGAAUCCAAGAAUAUAGAAGUUCUGCCUUUGAGCAGUCAGAGCUUAGGGAGAGAGUCCCUGUGCUCAGGAUCAAAUCUCGAAAAACUAAAGGCUGAAUCUUUGGGUGAAGAAGAAAUAACCAAUAGUUGUGAAAAUCUUAAUGGAAAAAGACCAGGGUCAGCUGAGGACCUGGAGAGCCCUGCUGAAAAGAGGCUACGGAUGACAAACAAGUCUUCCAUCUUGUGGCAGUCAGAGGGGAAAGCUGGUGGGUUGGCAAAAAAGAAAGUCACUUUUGACCCAAACCUGUCACGGGUUGAUAAAGAAGGGACCACAAGAGCCAUCCAGCCACCUACAAAAACAUUGUCACUUAAGGAAACAGCGGAUAUUGUUGUAAAAUAUUUGACUCCUUUCUACAAAAGUGGGAAAUUUGCAUCUAAGGUGGGUUAUGAACUACUUAAUACCCCCUCCUCUCUUUGAUUUAUGUUACCCUAUCAGUUAAAGCAUCCGUAAAAGUUAGAUAUGAAAUUAAAUACUGUUGCAUAUAAUAUAUAAAGAAAAG